AUGUCGAUGCUGGACCGGGCAAUCAUCGUGGGGGGAGGCAUUGGAGGACUCACAGCGGCGCGAGCUUUGCGCCUUCGUGGAAUCCAUGUCACGUUGCUGGAAAAGGCUGCCUCGUUUCAUCCGACAACAGGCGCAGCGAUCGGAUGUUCGGCCAACGGCCAGAUCUGCCUUGAAUUCCUCGGGUUAGCGCCUCAGCUCGACCCGAUCUUGCACCCCUUCCGUCGCUAUAGAGUAACCGGUGCGGGAAACAUGACACUCCACGAAGACAACGUCUUCGAGCAGCUCCACGACCGAACGGGCUUUGGCCUUGGUGGCGUCCUUCGCGCAGACUUGAUCCGCGUGCUGGCCGAGUCGCUGGAUGACGGAGUGAUCCACUACAACAGCAAAGUCGUGUCAGUCCACGAAACACCGUCGGAGGCUCAAGUCAUGCUGGAAGAUGGCGCGAUCGUGUCCGCAGAUGUAGUCAUUGGAGCUGACGGCAUCCACUCCACCGUGGCCGCUGCAGUCGAUCCAUCGAGGGAUGCUCCCGUGUACUGUGGGGCGAAUGUGUUUUAUGGGGUGCUGGACCACAUUCCCCCCACGGGGUCGCCCGGAACAUUUCAACAGCACUACGACCGCGGAGUGUACGUGCAAUACCCUGCCGGCCCGUCCCACUUCGUUUGGGGCCAAGUGUACAAGGCCAGAGCAGCCCCACCCUCACGGUCGAAGGAGUGGACGGGUGCCGACGACUGCGACGAUGCGAUCCAAGCAUUUGCGACAACGCUUUGCUCGAGCCAUCCGUUGCACGGCGUCCUGGCGGAAACCCCGCGGGACCGGCUCCUCCACUUUGGCCUGAGCUACUGCAAACCCAAUGCGACAUGGCACAGCCAUCGCAUCGUGUUACUUGGGGAUGCAUGCCAUGCAACGUUGCCGUUCACGGGUCAAGGGGCGAAUUUGGCGAUUGAAGAUGGCGUCGUGCUUGCCCAGCUCCUGGGGCGCCCUCUCCAGGGCGACCCCACCGCCGCGUUUGACGCGUACUGCCAACUGCGGUUUGCUCGCACAAAGAAAUUGGUCAACCUGUCGUGGGCGAUGGGGAAAGUGGCCGCAUUGGAUGGGCCUGUGACACAAUAUGUUCGAAAUGCGAUCUUACGUGCAUUGUUUGCUAGCAAGGUCGUGAUGAAGGGCAUGAUGAACGAUAUCGUGGCCAACUGCCCAGUCCCAGUACCCACAACGCAGCGACGCCGCGCAUGGCGCAACCAUCAGGUGGUGUCGACCCCGACGUUGUAGCCUCGAUUCGCCGGCGCGGUCGGCACCGAGACCGUGGACAGCCGUGGAAACAUGACAUGCGUGUGGAGUCGUUGGUUCUUUCGAGAAGGGUAGCAGUAGUAGGCCGUGGUGCUCUGGCCCAAAUGCAAGUUGAAUCACCC